UUGUUACAGCUCCUGCCUUUCAUUAGAGCGGCCACUGCAUCCUCUCACGCAGACUUAGUGAAGGUGGAACCACUUCAUCUCCAACGCCAAGGACUAACAUCUCAAAAUGGGCAAAAUUAACGGAUGUCUCAAAUGCCUUUUUAUCUUCUUCAAUGUUUUAUUUGCGAUCAUCGGAUGUCUGCUGAUUUUUGGAAUAGUCAAGGCCAGUGCUGUCAGUGGCCAGUUUUCCACCGUGGGAACUCCAGGCAUAGGGUGGGGAUGGGUCUUUGCCAUUGGAGUCCUCGGUAUCUCCUGCCUGGGCAUCUAUGCCGGAUGCUCAGAGAAACCACUGGCGCUUAAAAUCUUUGCAGGUUUCAUGGUGGCUGGAAUGGUUGUUAUGCUGAUCUUUGGCAUCUAUGUCGCUGUCACAAGAAACAAGCUCAAAGACGGAUUUACAAAUGUUACAUCUGAAAUUUCUAAGACCUACAUGGAGCAUCCUGAGUUCAGAGCGAUGCUGGAUGGGCUCCAGUCUAGUGCUGAGUGCUGUGGGCUGAGCAAGCCUGAGGACUGGGGCUCCACAAUCCCAGACUCCUGCUCCUGCUCUGGGCCCAGUACUUAUGGAGGAUAUGGAUGUAAAUCCAGACCGCAGGGCACCUCUGGACCAGAUCAGAUAUAUGCUACAUCCUGUGGAAAAUAUCUCUUCGACGUCAUUGACAUUGUUAUGAAGGUGUUAAUGGGCUUCUGCUUUGGUUUUGCAGUCACAGCAUUGCUGGGACUUUUGGUGACACUGCUGAUGUUGCACCAGGUCAAACAACAUGAUGGAGAUGGACCAACCAUGUCCAUGAAGAACUACUGAAGUCUGCCCCCGUCCCUUGACCUCUGACCCUGCAUGUGUGCUGUGAAGCUCAACCGUGACAGCAAAUGCUUGAUCAGCAUGGAGUUAAAAAUAACUCCAAAGAAUUAUAAGAAUAUGUAUUUUUGACACUUUGCAUUGCAUGAAUUCACCCUCCCACUGUGGUGGUUAGCUGCUUCUGUUGUCAUGACUGCCCUGGGGCAGUCUAAUGGAGAUGUGGAUAUCCCUCCAUCCUGAUUGUGAUACCUAAAAUGCACAGAUACACAAUACAAGUAAUGCAGUAUGCUUUUUUCAAAAUAUACAUUGAACAAAAUUAAAUGUUACUUUCAGGAAUGUAUGAUAUCUGAUUGUUCUUGAGAUUUUAAAUUUGAGUUGAUGGAGUAAGCAAAUGGGAAAUGUAUUUGUAAAUGUAAUUGUCACUUUUGAAUUUUAUUGUGUUUGGGAUUAGAAGUGUGGUCUUCUCCACUUUUUUGUACUUUGUUAAUGCUUUGAUAACCAAAAGUGUGUUUUUAUAUUGAUAUUAUGAGUAUGCUAUUAUAGAAGUGUAUUUGUUUUAUAUAUGAACAAUGAUCACCCUGUUAUCAUUGGAAGAAUAGCACUUAUAUGGUUAGUUUUGUAGUUAUAUGAACCUUUUGUCUAGAUUAUAUUCUAGUAGCUCAAUGAUUACAACAAUGAUCUGUAAAUGAAGGAAUGGAAAUAUUCUUAUGAUGCUUCUGUUUCAAUUUCCCAAAUGGACCAGUAAUAUUCAAAAUGUUUAAUAAAAAA